CGUCCACACCACCUUCUUCUUCCUCAUCCUCUCCACUCUCUCUGCUCCAUACUUUCUCUCUCUAGAAAAUCGUUGCAGAAAAACCUUCGUCUUCCCUAACACCCUUUUUGUAGGGUUUUAGUUUUUCUUCAUUAUUUUCCAUUCUCUUGUUUCUUCAGGAAAACAAACGAAUAUGAAGCAUUCGGAAGCGGGACCAUCAAAGGCACUGCCACCACCUCCACCGGUGGUUCCACCAAGUUUUGUUCCUGUUAAAGUCAGUGGCUCAAACCGCACACCGAUGGCUAGACGCGGGUUUGGCACCAAGGGCCAGAGGAUCCCCCUGUUGACCAACCACUUUAAUGUCAAACUGAGCAGCACGAGUGACCACUUCUAUCAAUACAGUGUGGCUUUUUUCUAUGAAGAUGGGAAUCCCGUUGAAGCCAAAGGUGUUGGUAGAAAAGUACUAGACAUGGUCGAAAAUGUUUAUAAUUCCGAGAUGGGCGGCAAAGGGUUUGCCUACGACGGUGAAAAGACUCUCUUCACUGUGGGCCCUUUGCCCGGAACGAAGCUUGAGUUUCCCGUUUUGUUGGAGAAUCUGUCAACAAAUAGAACCGCACGAGGGGGCAUCUCGGAUGAAGUGGAUACCAAGAGAGCACGGCGUCCACCGCAAUCUAAGUCGUAUACGGUGAAGAUCAGCUAUGCCACCAAAAUUCCGAUUCAAGCCAUAUUUAACGCACUCCAAGGCCAAGAUUCUGAACAAUUCAGUGAAGCCGUAAGGGUUUUGGACGUUCUUUUAAGGCAACAUGCAGCAAAACAAGAAUGUCUUAUUGUUCGACAAUGUUUCUUUCGCGACGAUCCGAAAAACUACAUAGGCAUUGGUGGCGGGGUUUUGGGCUGCAGGGGAUUUCACUCCAGUUUUCGUGCCACUCAAGCUGGUUUGAGUUUAAACAUAGACGCAUCGACUACAAUGAUAGUCCGGCCAGGGAAAGUUGUGGACUUUCUUUUGGAGAAUCAAAACGUGCGAAACAUAAGGGAAAUCGACUGGAUUAAGGCUAAAAGAACUCUGAAGAGCCUCCGUAUCAAGUCCUUCCCCUCUAACCGAGAACAUAAAAUUAUCGGAUUGAGCGUAAAACCAUGUGGAGAACAGACAUUUUCAUUGAAACAAAAGAACGGUGACAGUCCAAGCGAUGCAGUAGAGAUAACAGUCUACAACUACUAUGCCAAACAUCAUCGUAUAGAAGUUAACCAAUCUCGUGAUUACCCGUGUCUAGACGUUGGGAAACCAAAGCGACCCGUUUACAUUCCACUCGAGUUGUGUGAGUUGUUACCCUUACAACGUUAUACCAAGGCGUUAUCGAACUUACAAAGAGCAUCACUUGUUGAGAAAUCCCGACAAAAGCCACGAGAGCGGAUGAAUGCUUUGAUGGGCGCGUUAAAGCAAAGUAACUACGGUGCGGAUCCUGUUAUUAACUCAACUGGUAUUACAAUCAGCACUACAUUCACCCAAGUUGAGGGCCGGGUUUUGGAUCCACCAAAGUUAAAGUUUGGAAGUGGAGGAGACUUGGUUCCUCGUGGAGGUCGUUGGAAUUUCAACAACAAGACAUUUGUUGAGCCCGCGAAGAAGAUUACAUGUUGGGCAAUUGUGAACUUUUCUGCACGCUGCAACGUCGAUGGCCUACGUAGAGAUCUACGGAGGUGUUCUGAAGCAAAAGGAAUGGAUCUUGAAGACGCGUAUGAUGUAAUUGAAGAGAGUCCUCAAUUUAGGCGUGCUUCUGCAACUGUUCGUGUAGACAAGAUGGUUGAAAAUAUGCGGAAAGCACUUCCGGGCCCACCGCUGUUUAUUCUAUGCAUCCUUCCUGAACGAAAGAAUUCAGACAUCUAUGGUCCAUGGAAGCGAAAAUGCCUUGUAGACUUGGGCUCUCGAACACAAUGCAUCGCCCCAACGAAGAUCAACGAUCAGUAUCUCACAAACUUGCUUUUAAAGAUUAACGCUAAGAUGGAUGGUAUAAAUUCUCUACUGUCUAUGGAGCAUUUGCAUUCUAUACCAUUGGUUUCACAGGCUCCCACCAUAAUCUUCGGAAUGGAUGUGUCCCACGGUGCUCCCGGCCGUUCCGAUGUUCCUUCUAUUGCCGCCGUUGUUAGCUCGAGGAACUGGCCGUUUAUCUCACGCUACAGGGCGUCUGUUCGUUCACAGUCUUCACGAGUUGAGAUGAUUGACGGCUUGUUUAAACCCAUUGCACCUGAUCAAGAUGAAGGGAUGAUCAGGGAGCUGUUGGAGGAUUUUUAUCUAAGUACUCCUAGGUUGAAGCCGGAGAAUGUAAUAAUUUUUCGGGACGGUGUAAGCGAGUCGCAGUUUAAUCAGGUGCUUAAUAUUGAGCUCGAGCAGAUCAUGGCGGCGUGUAAGUUUUUAGACGAGUCAUGGAAACCGAAGUUUAUGGUAAUUGUUGCUCAGAAAACGCAUCACACCAAGUUUUUCCAAACCAACUCUGAUUACAAUGUUCCACCAGGAACGAUUGUUGACAAUAAAGUUUGCCAUCCUAAAUACAAUGACUUCUACUUAUGCGCUCAGAAUGGACCGAUUGGGACCACCCGACCCACCCAUUACCAUGUACUUCUCGAUCAGAUUGGUUUCUCUGCAGAUCAGUUGCAGGAGCUUGUGCAUUCGCUAUCUUAUGUGUAUCAAAGGAGCACAACUGCCAUAUCUGUAGUUGCUCCGAUUUGCUAUGCUCACUUGGCGGCGGGACAGAUGGCACAGUUUGUCAAGUUUGAGGAUAUGUCGGACAGCGCUUCUAGCCACAGUGGUAGUGCAGCAGCUGGUGCUGGUGCUGGUGGUUUCAACCAACUUCCCAAGCUUCAUGAGAGGACACGCAGUUCAAUGUUCUUUUGCUAAUGAUUAAUUAAGAUUGUGAAUUGUUAAGACAUACUCAGUUCCUUACUUAUCAUGGUUUUUUUCCUUUAUUUUUGAAUAUUAUAUGGUAGUUAUCAUUACUGAAUCUUACUCUCUCUUA